GUGGGAUGAGGUUAGCUGGAGUGGGGAUGAGUAGUUUCGAGGUGGUAGUGCUUUCUACAUGGAGCCCAAUCAGACUGUCCACCUUCCUCUCUCUCACACACGGGGUGGGACAGAGAACGCUCUCCUCACCUUCCUGGCUUACAGAGAGCUGGAGACCGUCGUGGAGCCAACGUUGGUGCAGGAGGGAGGCAGAGACAACGCCAGUGUGAAGUUCAAUUCGAAGGUGGUGACGGUGACCAAAGUGGGCGGCCAGAGGCAGGGUCUGACACCAACCCUCAACAUCACCUUCCGUGUGAAGGAGGAGCCGUGCGAUGAUGGCAAGAGGAAGAGACUCUGCGGCACCUGGAUGGGCAACGGCUGGGAAACACAGCAGGAGAGCAGCGGCAACAAGACUCACGCCACCUGUACCUACAACACCCUGUCCAGCUUUGCCCUGCUGCUGGCUCAGUACAAAAUGGACCCGGUGCACAGUACCGCCCUCUGGUGGAUCACUGUGCUGGUGCUGCCCGUGUCGCUCUUCUUCCUCUUGUUGUCCUUAGCAACCUUCUUCUGGUGCAAGGCCAUCCGCGGUCCCAACACGCUGAUCCGAGCGCACCUCUGCCUCAACCUCUUCCUGGCCGAGCUGCUCUUCCUCAUCACCAUGUUCAUCAAACGGCAAUCGGUAACCUGUGGGUGA